AACAACACAACGUCAUGCUGGUGCACCUUCUGAUUUCUCUCAACUGGCAGUCCGUUCUUGUCUUGCGUGAGCAGGAGCUAGACAUACACUUCGGCCACUCGUUGGAAACAUCAGGUAUUUCCAGUGUGGACUAUGACAUCAGCUCCUUCACAGAAGAGCACCUGCUGACAAUCCUUGGAGAUGUGGAGAAGCUGCUCCAGCCUCGCCUCAAUGUUCUUCUCCUCUGUGACGUCACUACCACUGUUUCACUCUUACGUCAGUUGUCUCGAUUCUGUGGAACAAGAUCAAACACAUCGGUUGACUUGUGUCACGUCUCACGGGUGCUGGUUGUCGGGACAUCAGAUGACUUACCCGUACUCCUGGACAGCAACAUUCAGGUGGAGAACGUGGCGUUGCUGGAACUGCCUUCACGUCAUCAGGGACAUUCUUCAAAGGCAAGGAUGUGGACACUUAUGUUUCACCCCAAUGGACGUGCUUUCACAGACGUGGCUCUCUCCAAUGUGACAGUGACAAAUCCUACUGACGUGUUUCCCAAUUUAAAGUUCGGCUACAAUGGUCGGCAACUUACUGUCGUUAUGAAGGACAACAGCUUUGGCUAUGGCUACAUAACAGUGAAUAAGCGGAGGGUGUUUGGGUUUCCAUUCUGUGUACUGAACCUGCUGGCAGAAGCUAUGAACUUCAGUUACAGGGUUAUACCACCAAGAGAAGAUGAAUGGGGCCAGAACAUCAAUGGCUCGUGGACAGGACUCUUAGGGAUGUUGCAGAGAAGGGAAGCUGACUUGGCACCGGACAUCUUAGCUAUCCACAGUGACCGCGUUGCAGUUGCCGACUUCAUCCUGCCCCCAGUAGCUGAAACUAGACAAGUGAUCAUAUACAAGAAAGAGGAUGUUGUUGACGAGGAUAAUCUCCUGACACUUCUACGUCCUUUCCAACCUCACGUGUAUAUUAUGUUUGGCGUGACUCUGAUUACAUGUAUGAUCUUCCUGUCUUCCUUAAUUUUCGUUCAUUAUAAGGAUGAGUUCCAUUCCAGAAAGUGUCCAACGGGCGCCUGGACAAUGCAAACCAUGGCACGAACAACAUUUGAAAUUCUUGGGGCCACUUUAAAGCAAGGAUCAACCGCAAGGUCAACACAUGACUCUGAGAGAAUCUUUGUUGCGGCAUGGUGGAUGUUUACAAUUAUUAUCUCUGCUGUCUACUGUGGGACCAUCAUGACUACAUUUGCUGUAAAAUUAGAAACCCCACCAUUUUCUAACAUGGCUGAGUUGGCAGCCAGAGAAGACUACAAAAUAGGCUACGAUGCAUCAAGCGUCAUUGAAAACCAUUUUCGGAAUUCAAAGCAGACCGAUAUCAUCAGAAUCAAGCAAAGAGUUCAAGAUUUAUCUGCCAGAGACCCCAAUGUAUUAAGCAGCAAUGGCACCAAGCAACUGCAAAAAGUCUUGGAGGGAAAAUAUGCUUAUAUCACAAGCUCAUUGAUUACAGUAGUAAGCAAUGGGAACUGCAAACUUAAAGCUAUUGACACCAAAUAUGGAAGGGCUUUCGUUGCUUUUCAUCUUCCAAAGUGGUCCCCUUUCAAACAAGAGUUCCAAAAAAGGUAUGUGUCUAUAGACGUACCUAUUUGGGAAAAUUACGACAGGAAGGAGUCAAUUGUUGACUGUUAAGUAAGUUUUGUAGAUAUUGUUCUGAAUAUUUAAUCAGAGUAUAUUUUUUUCGGAGUGACUGAGUUUUCCUCCACUUUGGACUGAGCUUUGAAAAUUUGAAUGGAAUUAAAAUAAAGGCCUCCUCUUGAAUUAAAAUGUUUAAUCUUGUCAU